AGGUCGCGAGGCUGCUGGUGAAUUACAAUUGGGAUACGAAGCCACAAUGAACGAGGGGCUUUUUUUUCGUGUAUUACCGCACGUUUAAUUAAUUAAAGCAUUCUUCUGGGGACGAUUUUUUUGUCCUGUGGUCUCAUGCAGGAAUGAUUUUUCUCGGCUUGUUUUUGCUACAGAGGACCAUGGAGACCUCCGAAGGCAUCGGUCAUGCUCUCUGGUGAGGGCGUGGCUGGGAGCGAGAGUUGUAAAGUCACCAGAAUUACAUCACAUGGAGGUCAAAGGACAUCUGAUCACAUCCAUGGGUUUGGGGGUUCCUGAUGUUCAAGGCUGCCAGGACAGCAAGCUGCAGGCCGAGAGAGUUGCAGCUCUGCAAGAGAGGAAGCAGGCCCUGGAGGCUCUCCUCAACACCAGAGUGGGAGAGCUCAAACACGUCUGUUUGCAGGAAGCCGAGCUGACUGGGAAGUUGCCACAUGCUUUCCCCCUGGAUACGGGAGAGAAACCCCCACUGGUGCAGCGCAGAGCUGGCCCGUCGCCCAACACCAAGGCAGAGGAUGAGGCUGCCCAAAGAAAGCAGAUGAAAGCCAUCUUCACCGGUGCUCUGUACAGACACUCAGAAUCAGACCGAAAUAUUCCAAAUAGCAAGAGGACAGUUCAUCGGGGCUGUCACACAGAGGACACUGUCAUGUCAGAGAGUACAAGCUCCAUGUCAGACUCAACAUCCCAUGACAAUGAGUCUUCUCCCAGCGUUGUGGCUGAUCAGCGCUCUCUGUCUCAGCCCCGGCUCACAGUGGGCAGCCCCGAUCACAGGAUCAGCAGGAAGCUGUCGCCAGUCGAGAUUUACUAUGAGAUGAGGACACGCCGCAACUCUGUCACAAGCUCUGUUAGCCCAACUCACUCUUUACCAAGAAGUGCAUCUAACAUUGAGGGUAGAAGCGUUCCAGCUACUCCUCUGUUGGCCCGAACCGCUCCGAUCAGCGUUCACGUCAGGUCGGAUGCGUCGGGUGGUAACGGGUUGAAGCAGUGGUCCGGCAGCCUGGAUGUGCCCUAUAUGAUUCCACUGGCCCAGGAGGGCUCUUCCUCUGACCGCCGAGGCUGCCCGUACAACUCCCGGGCCAGGCGCAGUAACAGCUCCGAGGCCCUGCUGGAUAGAUCGAGCCUCCCUGACGACCCUGCUCUCAGAAACGGGAUGCCCCCCCGGGGAGGGCCCUACAAGAGCUCAGAGACACUGACUGACGGUAAGCUGCGACACAUCCACCUGGGCAGCCCUGAGAGACAUGCUGACGGCUCUGUGGAUCAGGCCAAAAUGCGUCUGUCCAUGGGAGACCGAGGGGCUGGCGGAGGCUACAAUGAGCUACUGAUGGACUAUAUCUGGGGGAAACAGCAGAGGAUGCAAGUGCAGCACCACCUGUACCAGUCCACAGGCCGGAUCUGGCAGGACAUGUCCUCUCCUCGCUCCUCCACCGCGGCUGUGCCUCCUCAUGCCAAUGGCUUUUCCCAUUCCCAGGUGAACCUCCCCAGCGCUGCACCUCCUUACAGCCCCAUGGUGCUCCGAGGGUCACAAGCUGAGCUGCGCAGGGUCAAAGUCACCAGAACCAAAUCUUGUGGACCCUUUCUUCCUUUGCAGCAACAUCCCCAGGAUGCCAUCCUGCUGUCAGCGUAUGACACUCCCCUUCCUGCCUCCGGCACCACCACGUCCUCCAUACCCAACCUGCACCCCUACCAGACGGAGCUGUCUGGCCCCUCCUUCAGCCGCAGACCCCCACAGUUCUCUCUCCCGACACCAGAAGACUCAACACGAAGCUUGCAUAAAGCCCUGGCUCUGGAGGGACUGAGGGACUGGUACCUGAGGAACGCCCUCGGCUAUCCUCCUGCUGCCUCAAAAGGCAACGAGGCAGGGAUCUCUCGCCUCUCACACCCCCACCCGCUGGUGCACCAGGCCCAUUCUGUUCAAGGUGAACCAGCCAACCUCCACAGGUCUCAGAUACCCCAGUCAGCCAGCUUCCAUGGUCACCCGCUGCAUGGAAGGUCGAUGGAGUUGUCUCUCUACCAGGAGACUCCUCAUCCUCAGAUGCAAGAAGUGACCCCAAAGGAACCCAGUCCAGACCCAGGCACCCUAGUCUGAAGCAGCAGAACACACACACACACACACACACACACACACACACACACACACACACACACACACACACACACACUGCAUUAUCUGAGCAGAAACACUGUAGCCUCACACGCACAUUCACUCACACUCACAUAGUCACACACAGACAAGUCGAUACAAUGUGACCUCAACAGAAAUAGCAAAACACGGCAACCUCAGCAGAAAGAGACUGGAAUAUAUGACAAACUGUAGCUGUACAGUGUGAAAAAGCCUUGGCAAGUUCCCCGUGUUCUAACUGAUCCCACCAGUAUAUGAACUUCAAACCCAGUGUUCUCAUGUGGACGUGCACUGGACUUGACUCAUCUAACAAUAUGGUCAUGCUGUACUUAAUAUAUCAAUAUUUCUGGUCCAACACAAGCAGUAAACUCCUUCCUAAUAACCCUGAAAAGUCGCCCGAGAUAUACUUUUUUACAGAAUAUAUACAACUCUAAAUUACUAUUUUGUAUCUUCUGAGAUAUAAAGAACAGCUAUAUUAAAGAGGUAAUUUAUUGCUCAUUAAUCUUGUGAUAUACAAAGAUGUUAUAUGAGCUCACCGUCAUUAAAACAAAGUAUUAAUACAUGCCAGUGAAUGUGUGUUUGUAAAACUAUAUAAAAGACGCAAAAAACAUGCUUCUGUUUUCAUCUGCCGUUAAUUUCUCAGCCAUUUGUAUUUUUCACGUUUGAUAAAUGAAAGGGGCCAUGAACUGUAGUGUACUGGUGUAGCAGACGGGAGUGCCUAAAUGUUUUAAUAUCGAAACUAAAACCUUGGUUGGAAAACUUUAAAGUGCUUUCUAAUGAUCUGAAAUGUUAGCAUUAAGCUUUUGUGAGUUUAGUCUAAUCCAAAAACUGAAAGCAGUUCACGAUGUCACUAAAUUAGGAUAUUUGGAAUGAUGUCAUGUAUAUUGUGAUUUUUCAGUAUGUUUUCUAGAUUCAGCUUAGUGCUGGCCAAUAAAUGUAGCUUUCUCUGUGCUGACCUUGACGGAACAAUUUAACCACUUUUAGGAAAAACCUGAGGGCUGUUGUGAAACCUACUGUAGGGCAGUAGCACAUGACUGUAUGACAAUAAUGUACUCAUAUCAAAUCAGUUCUUCCCUGCAUUUAGUUAUGGAGGAUUUGAGUGUCAUAUGGAGCACUUUAUGAACAUCUUAAGCCUUAAUUCCUUAUGAAAUUGUCACCAGGAGAGAUGACAGGCAGUAGACAGGGUUUUUAAAUUUGUGGGAAUAAAAUAAAGAAAGUGGGUUUUGUCAACAUCUACUCUAUCUGAGUGUUAGUCUGUAUAUAGUGUGGAUUGUACUGAUGAGUUUCAAGAUGAUGAUUUAUUCCCGUACUAACAAGGUCAUUUUUAAACUAACCACAUGAUAAGUAUUUAGUCAAAAAUAACCUCCCCCCCAAUCCUUCCGCCCCCCAAGUGAGCACUAUUUAAUUGGUUUGUAAAAAGUGAGGUGGAUGGUGUGAACAGAAGAGGGCUACUGCAGUUUUGAAUGAUGGUGUGAGCAGGUCUCAUACCAGUAAAUGUGUUAAUGAGAAUUCAUGCUGGCUGAUUUUUUUUUAUUUGUAAUGAUUUCAGCUCAUUUCAUGUGCUUGGUUUUGUGUUGUUUAAAAAAAUAAUACUUGACAUGUUUUUAAAUCAGAGUAGUAAUGCGUCAUAAUAUAUUUCUAAGUUUGUAAUCAGAGUCUUAAUGACAUUCUGCAAUGUAAACUUCAGAAAGAUCAGAAUACUACAUUAAAUCCUCAAGGAAACUGAAAGUAUAUAAGUGUAGACAAAACACGUUUAUAUUCCUCAUUUAAUGAACUUGAUCUUUGGCCAUCUUGAGACUCAUUUGAAUGUAAUUCUUUACGUCAUACGUGAUGUUGUUUUCUCCUCUGUUACAAACCGUAGCGCUGCGUGGAAUGUUACAUGUUUCUUCUGCUGUCUGAUGUGUUCACAUCCUUCAGUAUCCAGCUUCACAGAGCUUCUUCCAGCUGGUUAAACAGAAAUUAAAGACCAAACUGCUGUGCACUGGGGGUCAUAAAUGUAUUUUUCAUAUAAUGUACUCUGUAAGUUGAAAAUCAACUAAGUAAAUUUAGCUCUAAAGCAAAUUUAUUCAAACUAUAUUAUAUUUAUGAUCCUAUAACAUUUUGUAGCUAUUUACUGUAGCUCUUUCUCAUCAGUGUGGGAAUUGGUAAUGUGUGUUAAAACCACUUCAUUCAGCAGUGUGAUGUGUUAAUAUUUGAUUAUUCCUUUUUUCUUUUAAAAGAUAUUUAAAUGCAGCUGUUUUGUCUUUUCUUCCUCUCUUUAUACCCAGGCCUAUGAAUUAAGACUAAAUAGGCCCGCCCUAUACUGUAUGUAUGAGAUUGUGCAUUCAUUCUACUAAAUAAAGUGUCAUGUUGAAAUCAUCA